UUGAGAGAACUUGAAUCUGAUUUUGUUUUGCAAUGGAUUCUCUGGGAAAAAUGUAUGGAAAAAGAGCCACGGGUGUUCAAAGGCAGGCUUUCAGAGCCUUCUACACUCGAAGUAAAGACAAGGUACUUGGUGAGGAGGAAAGAGCUUUGGAGACUGUCUACAUACAGAAAAUGGAAAGGGAGAAGUUGGAAAAGACGAAGAAAAAGGUGGCAAAAGAGAAAUCGGGAGAUUUUCAAGCUAGGGGUUCUGCUGUAAACAUAUCUGCAGAGUGUAUACAUGCAACUGGUUGAGAUGGGGAAGAAAUAUUUUGUAUAUUGAGAUGAAAGUGUAUAUAUGAUAGGUUGCUAGUUGAUUUGGAUGGUUUAAGUACAUUUUUAUAGGUCUGCCAUCACUAUAUUUGUAUAUUUUGUAUAGCUAACAUAUAGUUGUACCUUAUUGUCAGGCUAUAGAGAAUUUUAAGUUGGUUAUGUAGAAAGUUGAUAACUUUGGCUUGGGCUUUG